AUAACCUCAAAUUUUCAACUUGUGUUUACUGUUUACUGACUUUGUCGGUGAUUUCCUUUUUUGAUGUUUGUAAUUAAAGUUUAUGAAAUAAUAAUUAGUUGAUUACAGCCAAAUAGAGUUUAGAAUUUACUCAAUAAUUCAAUACGAAUUUUCCUAGUGCUGCUAGCAGUUAACUAUCUUAUUUUCUUUUGAGUAAGAGUUUUACUGCUCAACUAUUUUUGUAGAAGGAUAACUUUUCCAUGUUUUAACUUAACAUUGAGCUAUAAAAUAGUAAAUCAUGGAGGACAUUACAAAAUAUAAUUAUAAGGAAAAAUUUUCUGAGAUUGAAAAGAGUAUAAAAACUGCAAAUUUCAUUUCAAUUGACUCCGAAUUCAGUGGAAUGGUGUUUGAUUCUAAAUUUAAGAACAGUUUAUUCGAUGUGGGCAAAGAUCGCUACGAGAAAUACAAGAAGAACAUUGAAAAGUUCAUCGCCCUGCAAGUGGGUAUCACGACGUAUCACUUCAACCGAGACACCAAUGAGUACACGGCCAAAGUCUACAAUUUCCACAUUUUUCCGCGACACUUCGCCACUGUCGACUCUAGGUUCCUCUGUCAGGCCUCCAGUUGGGCCUUUCUCUCAGAGUUUGAUUUCGAUUUUAACAAGUGUGUGAGAGAUGGCCUACCUUUUCUGAAUAGUGAACAAGAGGAGCAACUAAAGGAAGACCUGAAGAGUGACAUGCUUCUCAUAGUAGAAGACAAUCUUUCAAUAUCAAUGGAUAACGAAAGGACUCUACAGAGGGAACGAUCACGUGUUGGAGAGUGGCUGCUUGAAGAUAGCAAAGAGCAGGAGACGAUGACAAUUAGCUACGGUCUGCUCAAAAAUGACGAGGCGCUUUUCUACUAUUUUCAAAAGGAGAUCAGACAUAAUUACGACAACGUGUGGACCAAAAUUCUCGAUCAAGAUAUAGAGGUGCGCAAAGUGAGCCGAGAAGAGAGAGAGCGACUGGAGAGAGAGGACAAGAAUGGACUGGAUGAGUGGAUAGUUGAUACGAUGCUUGGAUUCACCAAAGUUUUCAGGCUGCUGGUUGAUGCUAAGAAACCUAUUGUGGGACACAAUCUGAUGCUCGAUCUGAUGAUACUUUAUAACCAGUUUCACAAGCCUCUACCAAAUAGUUAUACAACGUUCAAGAAGAAGAUAACUGAAUUGUUCCCAAUUGUCUACGACACAAAAUUCAUCAGUUACCGCUUCAAGAAGAAUUUGGAAUUUUUAUAUGGAGAGAAUGCCUUGACAUCGAAUGUUUUGAAGCCAUUGUAUGAAUACUUCAAAAACACAAAAAUAACGAAUCCACUGCUUGCUUAUGCCCCUGAAGUUUCAAUUGAUGCUGCUGACCAGUCACAAAUUGAUGCAAAACUAAAGUCAUCCUACCACAUGGCGGGGUGGGACUCCUAUGUGACUGGCUACUGUUUCAUUAUGAUGGGUCAUUAUUUUGCUACAUUGAAAUAUGGAGCAGAGGGUAUAAAGCGGCCACUAAGCAGCACCGAACAUAUCAGUGGAGUCUCGGAGUGGAGGUGUAAAGUCAAUGUUAUCAGAGCUUCCAUCAAUCACAUUAUAGGCCUACCUAUGUACGGCUACUUACCAUCCAGUAUGCGAAAACCAUGA